AUGAGUUUGCGUGCCGUGGAUCCACGGGAUGCUGCUAACUCCGAGCACGCCUUUCAGGUAAAGGAGGCACACUUCAAGGCCCACCCAGAGUGGAAAUGGUGCAGCAAGGACCGGCGCAAGUCGUCGAGUAGCUCUUUGAAGACGGAGCCGGGCACGUCGGCCGCCGCCGGCGCGGCGACCGAGCGGCGCCGGCGGCGCGACUCGCCGCAGCCCGAGUCGGAUGACGAGCGCAUGGUCAUAUGUGAAGAGUCCACCGACCUGGAUCUGCUCUGCAAGGAGAACGUGGCCGACUCGGACGAGAGCGACUGGGAGCGGCGCGCCGGCCCGGCGGCGCCGGCCGCCGUCCGUCCGCGGCCCAUCAAGGCGCGCCCGGCGCCCGGCGGCGGCGAGCGGCACCCGUACAGCCCCGGACCGGUGGGCCGCUUCCAGCCGACCGGCGGCGCGUUCAAGUCCAUGUCGCCCGGACCGCGGCCCAGCAGUCCUGCAGCCCAGGAGGCCAAGCCGCCGGCCACGUUUGCUAUUCUGAACACGGUGCCCCGUCUAGGCGGCGCGGCGCCCGCCAGCGGCCCGCCGAGCGGCCUGCUCACCAGCCUGGUGCUGAAGACGACUGCUGGGCAGAGCGGUGCCGCUGCUGGCCAGGUAAUCCUGUCGCCUCAGCAGGGUUCCCAGGCGGCCGGGAGCUCGUCCGUUCAGUACCUGGUCUCGUCGCUGGCCGUUCAGACCGCCGACGGCAAGCUGCACCCGCUGAGUCUGGCAGCGUCGGCUCCGGCGCCGGCGUCAGCGGCGGCGGCCGUCACCACACCGGCCACCAUUCUGGUGACGUCAUCGUCGGCCAGCGCCGGCCCGCGGCCGGCGCGGUAAGCAGCACGACCACUACCGAUAUCCAGCUCCCAGAGUCAGGGGCGGAUCCAGGAGUUUUUGCAAAAAAAAAA